CUUCUCAACACUACCAAACUCGCGCAGCCAACUUAACACAGCAUUUGUAAGCAGAAUUUGUGCAGAGAGAUAUUAUUACAAAAAAGCCGCUUUCGCAUCUAGCAAAGUAUCCAAGAUCAUCUGGCGAACCAACUAGGUUGAUAACAAGACAGUGUGCAUUAAUUUGCCAAAGAAACCCAGUUUCAGUAAAUUUUGCGGCAAGACAAGGGCAAACGCGAGAGCACAAUGGACACCUAUUUGUUCGAUGGCGGCCGCAUCACCAAAAUGGAGGUAGACUACGAGCCUGCCUGCAAUGAGAAAAUUCCACUUGCCAAAGAGCUGGCCAAGAAGAAACCGGACGCCUUCCACGAAGCCAUCGAGAUGAUGCUGCAGCUGGAGAAGCAGACGCGACUGGGCGCCGACAUGGUCUCCUGCUCGCGCGUGCUGGUGGCAAUUUGCCAGAUCUGCUUCGACGCUUCCAACUGGAAUGCCCUUAACGAAUAUGUGUCCUUGCUAGUGCGUCGGCGCUCCCAGCUGAAACAAGCCGUCGUCAAGAUGAUCCAAGAGUGCGUCACGUAUGUGGACAAGACGCCUGACAAAGAGACCAAGCUGAAGCUGAUCGACACACUGCGCUCGGUCACUGAGGGCAAGAUCUACGUUGAGAUCGAACGGGCCCGGCUCACCAAGAUCUUGGCCGACAUUAAAGAGGCUGAUGGCGACGUCGCCGGUGCGGCCACUGUCAUGGAGGAGCUGCAAGUUGAGACCUAUGGCUCAAUGGACAAGCGCGAAAAGGUGGAGCUUAUACUUGAGCAGAUGCGCCUUUGUCUGCUGAAGGAAGACUAUGUUUCCACGCAAAUCAUCGCCAAGAAGAUCAGCAUCAAGUUCUUCGAUGAUCCGGCGCAGCACGAUCUCAAGCUGAAGUUCUACUACCUGAUGAUCCAGCUAAACAGGGAUACGUCCUUCCUGAAAACCUCACGUCAUUACCAGGCCAUUGCAGAGCCGCCGCGCAAAAAGACAGGCCUAACACCCGUGGACUCCGCCGCAUCCACAGAUGAACAAAAGAAGAAGGACGACGACAAAAAGAAGAAGGAGGAAGACGACAAGGACAAGAAGCCGGAGGUCGUCGCAGAGCCCGAAGUCGAGGUUGAAUUGACCGAGGAACAGAAGAAGGAGCUCACAGAAAAACUCGUUUGUGCCGUGCUUUAUUGCGUGUUGGCUCCUUUCGACAACGAACAGAGCGACAUGAUGGCUCACCUCUCGAAAAACAAAAAGCUGGAAGAAGUGCCUGCCUACAAAGAAAUUCUACGUCUAUUCAUGUCCAAGGAGCUGAUUAAUUUCGACACAUUUAAUGCAGACUUUGGCACGGUGCUGGCCGAGAAUGAGAUGUUCAAAGAUAGCACUAAGCACGGCAAGAAGUGCAUCACCGAACUUAAGGAUCGUCUCAUAGAGCAUAACAUUCGCAUAAUUGCCAUGUACUAUUCCCGCUUGCACCUGGCGCGCAUGAGCGAGCUACUAAACCUGCCUACCAGCCGCUGCGAAGAGUACCUCUCCAAGCUGGCCAACAGCGACACCAUCCGAGUGAAGAUUGACCGUCCCGCCGGCAUAAUUUACUUCACCCAAAAGAAGACCGCCUCAGACAUCCUGAACAACUGGGCCACUGACGUAAACCAACUGAUGUCCCUGGUGAACAAGACCUGUCACUUGAUUAACAAGGAGGAGUGCGUUUACUCAGUAAUGUGCGCUGUCGAGGAUUAGUCAUGUUCCAUAUGGAUGUUUAGAAUAGUGUUUCCCUUUAAAAUGUUUGCCCAUACGCAACUGUAACUGUACUAACCACCCAACCAUCAACAUUUCGAUUCUUUCGCAAACUUUGUAUUCAUUGAAUGAACUACAAUAAUUAAAUAAAAAAACAAAUAUCAAUUGCAA